UUUUUGAACUGAUUUUAGUUUUUCUUUCCUCCAACUAUUCUACAGCCUCAUCUGUCUCUCUCAUGCAUUUCCUGGCUAGCUGCUUAAGUUCUGCAGAGAGGUACUACAGUAGAAAAUGUCCCUAAAAGCAACAAAGUGAAUGGGAGAAGAAAAGAGAAAGGGAGCUGCAAUUAAGGGCAGGUCCCAAACCCAAUAAAGAAAAGAAAAAAAGGGUUCAACUAAAGUAGCUCAGGAAAUCCAAAAAAGACGAAAAUGGUGGGAAUCUUCAUUCCACUGUGCAAAUCAUCCCACAGCGCCACCUCUCUUACUCCUCCUACUUUUCAUACUUUCAGCUUUCUCUUCAUUUCUUCUCCUCUCUCUCUCUCUCUCUCUCUCUCUCUCUCUCACAGAUCUUCUCAGUUUCUGGCAUGCAACAACACUACUAUGAACAACAUCUCUAUGGGGUUUUCAUGUGGGGAUGAUUUUACUUGUUUAGUGUGCGGAAAUCACUUCCUUUUUUUGUCCUUUCCUGGAGUAGUACUCGUUGACAUGGUUGUUUAAUUAGGACGGAGAGGAAGGCAAAGCUCCACUUUUAUAUGAAACGAGGGAGAACCAGCACAGCAGCAGCGGGUGCAUGGAUGGUCACAAUCAUCAUCAUCAUCAUAUGCAGGUUGAAGUCGACUACGAGUUUUGGCCGGUAGAACAUCCUCUCGAGCCACCGGAUGAAGAUCGCCCUGUCAAAUGCCCAAUGCCCGACUCUUCUGUCAUUAAUAUUGAUUUUGUCUCAUGUAAAAUGCGUUUACAGGAAGGAGGAAGGAAGGAGAAAAGGUUUUCAGAGACCAGUAGCAUGCGUAAAAGAACAGAAGCAUCAUCUGCGGCUGCAGCAGCUUAUAGCAAUCAAGGGUUAACGGAUCAGACGGUAGUGGCAGUGGAAACGCCGCCUCCUGCUCGACCGGUGCGUAAGAGGCACCACCAUACUCUCACCCGCGGCGACCAUAUGAUAUCACCUCUACGGAGAAUGCCACCUCUUCCUUCUCUCCCAACUCAGAGCAUCACUGUCUUUCAAAUGCUCCAGCAGUUCGACAAGUUCGACUCUUGAAUGAAAUCAAACCCAGUUUUUGUUAUCAUUCAGUCACGAGAAGAUGGACCUCUUGAUCACAUAUAUUGUUGCUUCUAGUGUUUCUCACUUAUUUUAAUGGAAACUGAUUUCCGCACA